CAUGGAGUAAUCAAAUUCAAUUCAAAAUAGUGAAAUAUUCUUCAUUUGUUCAACCUCUGCGUGGCUGCUUCAUCACAUCAAUGGCGGUCAGAUCACUCAUCCGUGGUCUCUCCUCUCUCUACAAUCCCACAACAGCCAAGCAUUUCUCGAUUCACUCAAUCGCCCUUCAAUCCCACCAAACAAUCUCACACCUUCCUCCCCAUCCCCUCGUCAACGAUCUCUCCCGCAUUCUCAGCGACCACAGAGAGCCGCAACAUGACCUCGAAUCCGCCCUCGCUCCCUUCACUCCACAGAUUUCCUCAGAUUUAGUCGAACAGGUCUUGAAACGCUGCAGCAAUCUCGGUUUCUCAGCUCAAAGACUCUUUCGCUGGGCUCAGCAAAUCCCCGGUUUUCAACACAGUAAAGAGAGCUACCGCAUUCUCGUUGAUAUCCUCGGAAGAAGCAGAGAGUUUCCGUUUCUGUGGGAUUUCUUGACGGAGAUGAAAAGCACCGAAUCAUGCCAAGUAACCCGCGAAAUCUUCUGGAUUGUGUUCAGGGCUUACAGUAGGGCUAAUUCACCCAAAGAUGCAAUUAGGGCUUUUAAUAAGAUGCUGGAUUUUGGAAUUAGGCCUUGUUUGGAUGAUCUCGAUCAGUUACUGUUUGCAUUGUGUAAAAGGAAGCAUGUAAAUCACGCGCAGGAGUUCUUCGAUCACGUUAAAGGCGACGAUGGAUUGUAUCCGAGUGUGAAAACAUACAGCAUUUUGAUCAAGGGGUGGGGCGAAAUCGGCGAAUGCGGCCAUGUACAGAAAUUGUUCGACGAAAUGCUUCAAAGAGGCUGUGAAGCAGAUUUGCUCGCUUGGAACAGCGUGCUCGACGCUCUAUGCAAAGGGGGGAAAGCAGACAAAGCUUACGAGCUCUUUCGCAGCAUGAGGAGCAAAGGGCUCGAACCCGAUGCUUACUCCUAUUCGAUAUUCAUCCGUGCUUACUGCGAAGCAGACGACGUCCAUUCUGUUUUUCGGGUUCUUGACACGAUGAAGAGGUACAAUCUCAUGGCGAAUGUGUUCACCUACAACUGCAUAAUCAAGAGGCUAUGCAAGAAUCGGAAGAUGGACGAGGCGUACGAGCUUCUGCACGAGAUGAUCGAGAGAGGGGCGAAGCCGGAUACAUGGAGCUACAACACGAUCUUAGCCGUCCACUGUGAUCACAAUGAGGUGAACAUGGCUCUCAAUCUGAUCUCGAGAAUGGAUAAAAACGAUUGUGAUCCGGAUAAACACACCUACAACAUGGUGUUAAAAAUGCUGAUCAGAAUAGGGAGGUUUGAUCGGGUUGAGAAAGUGUGGGAGUCGAUGGAGAAUAGGGGAUUCCAUCCCGGUGUCUCGACGUACACUGUGAUGAUUCAUGGGCUGUGUAGGAAGAGAGGGAAGCUGGAGGAAGCUUGCGGUUUUUUUGAGAUGAUGAUUGAUGAAGGGAUACCGCCUGGUGAUACGACGGUUGAGCUGCUGAGGAACAAGCUAAUCGGGUUUGGAUUCGCCGAGAGGACAGAUAUAUUGGCGGAGAAGAUGGAGCGGAGCAGUUCUGCUUCGGUUCGGGAUGCAGCGAAUGUGAUGAGAGGGAAUAGGGUGCGGGAGGGGAGGAGGUUGAGGAAUGAGGAAAUUUAUUCGGAUGAAAGUGAUGGAUAAUGUUUUAGAUAUGGGUUUGGUUGGAGAUGUCCUCCUGAUGGUUUGAACGACUCGGAUCCUCUGUUGCCCGAGUGUGUUUCGUUGUCUAGUGCAUUCAUGGACGAGGGUAUGUGGCAUUUGCCCAUGUGUUUCGUCGUCUAUUGCAUCCGUGGAUGAGGUUACAUGGCGUUUCGGAGAUGAGACAUAGUAAUGCGAGAGGGGCUUAAGCCCCUACCAAGCAAUAAUAGUUUACUUUUUAUUCUUUAUAAAAUUAUCAAAUAAACAGUUUUUUGUGUGUGAUUUUAUUGGAAAAGCUAUCAGCAAAUUUAAUUAUAGGAAAUUUUAAAAUAUAGUCUGUA